GCGCAGUCGCACAUUUUAUGGAUUUUCCACGGCACAAACUUGAGUGAAAUCGCGUGCGUUGGUGGUAAAAGGGAGGGGUCAGGAGCGUAACGGGGCGCCAGAGGUGCGGCGAUUUUCGGUUGAGAGCACGAGGAAAAAUAGUGGGUGAAAGCUGCCCUAUUGCAAAGUGCAGACUCGGUUGACUGUGAAAAUUAAGGAAAUUAUCGAGUUUGAAACAGUUUGGAAUUAUUGUUGCGAUGAAAUGAGGUGUCCUGUGGGUGCCACUGGCUCAUGUGGUGUAUCAAUGGUCGUGUGAUUACUCACAGAGCGUGAUACCCUAUCUGACGCGUGGAUCCUGAGGUUAUUUUUUUUUCUUCUGCCAGACUGAGGACUCUGCUCCGGAUGUCGACACGGAAGAGCCAGUGGGGCAUGCGAAUGCGUUGAUCGCAGCAGCGGGAGUCGACGAUUGAGAAAAACAGAUCGGAAAAAUUGAUUAUUAAUACCGGACGAGUUGCGGCAUGGGCUUGCUGAGAAUUUCGUUGAAGAGAUGCUUCAUCUACAUUUUUUGCGCUACCGGGAUGGUGCUGGUGGUGAUGAAUGUCCGUCAGAAGGAGCUGUGGCAUGCCCUCAGGCCGGAUCCUGGACCGGCGCAGGCCAUUCGGACGAUGCCAGAUGUUGGCAAGAUGAAACACUUGGUGCCCGUAAAAGCCAAGGGCCUACCUGGGAUGAGGGUCGCGCGUGUCAGGCAGAGUGUCAAGAGUAAAUCAGCAGUUGAAAAAUUUGAGCCCUCAAAUUUGACGGGAACACUCAAUCCGGUGGAUCAUAUUGCGGAGAUGACGGAUCCGAGCAAGAGACCGUGGUAUAUGAAGGGCGGAACCAAACGACCACGUCCGGUUGCCAGGUCCAAGAGAACUGGCCGGAGAAUUGCAAGACUGUGGCCUGAUGAGGAUUCUAAUGACGACAGAGUCACAAAUCAGUUGAUGUUCGUUCCACCUGAUUACAACAGAACGAGUAUCGAGCGUCGGCCCAAAAGAAUAAUGAUACCACAUGGCAUGGGCGAGGCAGAGACGGGGAGCGAAUUGUUUCAUCAUCUUGGGUGUCCUGUCAAUACUUGUGUCAUCACUCGCGAUAAUCCCGAUCUCGCGGACUUGAUAAUCUUCAAGGAUUACGUUACUCACGUGGGUCGCAGACUUCCAAAUCAAGUUUGGAUGCUGUAUUUUCUUGAGUGUCCGUAUCACACUCAAGCCGUGAAAAAUGCUCUCGUAAAUUGGACAGCUACGUACAGACGUGACAGUGACAUCGUAGCCCCAUACGAAAGAUGGCAGUACUACGAUGCUCGAGUUACACAGAUACCCCAGACAUUCAACUACGCUGCUAACAAAACAAAAAAAGUUGCCUGGUUUGUCUCCAAUUGUCACCCACGCAAUCAGAGAAUGCAGUAUGCCAAAGAACUUGCCAAGCACAUUCAAGUGGAUAUUUAUGGUGCCUGUGGCAGCCUCAGAUGUCCACGAUCUCAGGCACAAACGUGCUUCGAAAUGCUCGAUGCUGAUUAUAAGUUUUACCUUGCUUUUGAAAAUUCUAAUUGCCGGGAUUACAUAACGGAGAAGUUCUUCGUUAACGGUCUUGGGCACAAUGUGUUGCCAAUCGUAAUGGGUGCACACCCCACCGACUACGCGAAGAGUGCGCCCUACAGAUCCUACAUUCACGUAGACGAGUUUGAAUCACCGCGAGAGCUUGCGGACUACCUCCACCGCCUAGACCACGACGACGAGCUUUAUAACUCCUAUUUCAAGUGGAAAGGCACCGGUGAAUUUAUCAACACGUACUUUUGGUGUCGUGUGUGCGCAAUGCUCCACGAUCCACGAUCACCCAAAUACUACAAAGACGUCAACGAAUGGUGGCGUGGGGACGACGUCUGUACUCAAAACUCUUGGAGGGUGCACGAUACUAAUGAGAUAACUUUCAAAAAUUCAUGAACAUACUCAGAGUAAUUAGCGAGAGAAAAAUUUGACCCUUCGAUUUUGAAAAAUUGAAGGUAAUUCAUUUUACGUACAACCACUUUAGCGACUGCACUGCUUGGUAGUCGCAGUUAUAAAGAAAACACAAAAAUACUUCCAAAAAUGCAGUGAACGGUAAUUUCACUAUUAACUAUGAAUGAUAACGGAAAAUGAUAAAAGACUGCGCGUACGUAAUUUAAGCCUCAAAAAUAAUCGUCAUUUUUAAUGUUGUACGAAAAGAAAAAUAUAAUUUUGCCAAUUAAAUAUUCUUCUGAGAAGAAUUUAAAGCGAAUUUUCUGAUGGAAAUUUCGGGCAUUUGUUUAUCCUAAAUAAAUAUCAUUGGCAACAUUAUAUUUUCUUAUCAGUGUUCCGGGAGGAAAUCGAUUAGAAUUUAGUGGUGAUUUGGUGAGACGAAAGGAUUAAGGAUGUUUGACAUCCUUUUAGCUAAAAUUCACGUCUUUCAAUUAAUCUGGAAAAUUAUCGAUCACAUGGACACGAAAAGAUAUUUUAUCACGAUAAAAUUCAUAAUUAUUUAAUAGCUCACGCAUUUUCAUAGUGAUGCGAUCAUUUUUGAAUGUUUUUUUCUAGUUUUGUAAUUCUUCUCAAAAGCUUAGAAAAAACAUACAAAUGUUUGCAGCCUCCUUGAAACUUUGUGAGCCAUUAAAUAAAAAUACACAAAAGCGUUCCAUUUUUUCGACAUAAAAAUUGUCAGAAAAAUUGGAGAAACAGGAAUUUUGGCGGAAAUGGUGUCGCACAUCCUUAAAGUCAACUUGAACUCUAAAUUCAAUAGCAAUUGGAAUUGUUUGAAUUUACUUGCAAGUUGAGCUGUUGCGUCUCGUGUUUCCAUUUCAUCGCUAGACUAUUUCCCCCAAUUUUUGUUAUAUUGAAAACUAUGAAGUAUUAUUGCAAGCCCCUGUUAGAGGUCAGAAUACCCACAAAUUACUAUAGAAUUUUGAAAUGAAAGUGCUAAACGCUAUAAAAAAGAUAAAAUCCCAAAUUCUUCUGGAAACUUCGGAUGAACAAAGAGUUGUUCUGUCCAGCGAUAGAACGGAUUCGUCAACGUUAACGAAUGUAUUUUGGCUAAAACUUUGAGCCGAUUUGGUGUCACCAAAGAUUCAUUCAUUAAUAGUCAACGAGUCUGUAUUCGUAGAGUCUUGUUUAACUUGGUAUUUCACAGUUCCAGUUAACCAUUUGUUAACUAUCAACGGAUAAUGACUGGGUCAUAUUCCGCUCGACCAUUCGUUAAUAGUCAACGAAUCUCGUUUGGAAUGAAUGAAUCAUUGUACCAAAGGGAUCGUCAAAUGAUUUAUCGUUAAAAAAAUGUUUAUAAAGUAAAAUUCUUUCAAUUAAUUCACUCUGUCAACUACCUGAAGAUGGAGUUAUGUUAAAAUCCUGACGAUUGUUGAUUUUUUGUUGAAUUUUAGUCCCUUCGUCAUUUCCAUACCAAGUGAUGAAACAGCAGGCCUCAUUGAUCCUCUUAAUGGAAAAACCCUGAAGUAUCUAACUCUCUGAAAUUAAUUUCAUGUAAUGAAUAUAGUUCCUAGUUCCUAUUAUUUUAUAGUUUAAGAUAGAUUAGCGGGCAAGACUCUGUGAUACGUUCGCGACACCCAAUGAAACUCGCCCGACGAAUCAUUUGAUUUCAUUGUGAUGAUCCGUUUUGUAUGAGAACCGGCUUAAUUUGCUUCAAGACUUGGUGCGCACACUGCCAAAUAGAGAAGUUCCGAUUGAUUGGGUUGUUGUGUGAUUUUUUUUAUUGAAAAAGUUGAUGAAAUGCAAAAAUUUGAUGAGAAACACUAAAUACGGAUUUUUUCAUUGUAAAAAGAUAACGAAAAAUGAACAAGUUCUAACCGUCUGUAAAUUGACGUCACGAUGCUAUGAAUAUGGACACUUUGGGGUGACGUCAUGACUCAGAGUCCAUAAGGACUCGAUUAUAAAUCAUUCGAUCAUUUUUCAUUGAUUUUUUUAAUAAAAAAAUACGUGUUUUAUUUUUUUUAUCUGACUUUGAUAUUCAAUAAGAAAAGUUAUCAUGCAAAAUCCCAAUUCUCUUCGAUUGUAUAUUUCUGAAGAUCAUACAAGAUGCACUUGCGAAUGACGCACAAUUUGUACAAAUUUUCAUGAUUUCAUUGGAAUUAAUUUUGUUAUUUACAGAAAGCCUGUGUUUCUCAGUAUAUUUUUCAUCAAUGUAUUAGUUCCGUACUCGUUGUAGUAUUAGGUUGGAAUGAAAUCGAAGUGCACAAAUCAAAUGGCGAUGCUGGAACAACGAAUUAUGGGAGAGAGUCAUUUAUAGUUGAUUCUUUAUUUAUAGGUCCGUAUUGAAUUAGGUCACUCAGUUAUUUGAAAUUAAACGAGGGAAACCCUUUCAUACUGUCGAAUCUUCAUUCCCAGUGAUUCAUUUUAUUGGAUGAAUUAAGGUAUUUAUGGUGUGGUUAGCGAGAAUUAAAAGAAGUCAAGAAACUGAUAAUUUUUUGUAAGGACAUUGAUACUUUUAAAUAGUUUUUUGGUAUUUAAAAAUAGUUAGUUGCAAAAGAUUAUCAAAAUCUCGACGUUUUGAGGCUCCGCAAUGAAAAAUCAUGCAACAAAAUGUAACACUAAAAAAUAUCAACAGUAAAAAAUGUCUGAAAAAAAUUACAAUAAAAAUAUCAUAUUGAUAA